AACAAUUUCAGAGAACGCGGACAUUUUCUGACCCCCAACUGGGCCACUGGCUUGACCAGGCGGGUGACCCCGGCAUCGGCCGCGGCGUUUGCAACGGGAGCUGUUCCAGCCUUCGGACGGGCCCGCGCGGGACUGCGAGCCAGGAAGUUUUGCAAGUGUGAAAUAGUGUGAGAGGAGGGCGUGAGAAGGAAGAAAUCGACAGAAGUGGAAAGAGGAACCCGCUCCAAACGGAAGCCAGUUUGAAAUGUGCGGGGCCGGCGAGCACCCCGCGCCCCACGCAUGCCCCAGGUGAGCGCGGACCGGACCUGUGCGUGGCGGAAGGAGACUUAGGAAACAGCAGGUUUCCUGACGGCAGAUUAUUCAGUCUUCCUUUUCUGGAGUUUUCUAUUCUGCGAUUAUCCUCCAUUCAUAUCUACUUUGUUUGUAAUUCAGCAAAAAGAGCAGAGUGGAUUUAAACCGCCCCUGUUUAUAAAGAAGCGAACGGCUACCAUGGGGAUCGUCCCCCCAGACCUCCUCCUCCGCACCCCUCCUCCGAGCGCCGCAGGACUUGGCCACAGGGUGGUCUUUCAGAGCUGAGCAGGCGAUGCCCAGGGGGGCUCCCAGAGCUCUCUCGGGACCACAGCCAGUGAGCCAUGACGUCCAACUGCACCUGUGAGCUCCUCGCGAGCGGCGGCGGCCCGGCGAACUCCACGGCGUGUGCAGACGUGCUGAAGAGCUGCGGGAGUAGCUCUGUGCCCGUUUCCGUGGGGGUUACGCUCCUGCUGCUCCUGCUGGCCGUCUGCGGGCUCGGGGGCUUCUGGUUCUGGAAGCGCCGGGCCACCAGCCCGCUCGCCCUCCCGGGGUUCCUGUGGAGGAGCGGCAGCAGGAGGAGGGACUUUUCCAAAACCCUGUCCCUGCGCGACCACGCCUUCGGCCCCAAGUGCAAGGCCCCGGGGGCCGCCCCGGGCCGCAGACCUGCCGCCCGGGCGGCCGGCCCCUGCGAUGACGACUACGAGAACUUGGAAGUGGGCCCCCCCAGAGCAGAGGAAGCCGGCAAGGGGCUGUACGAGAACACGCAGCAGGCCAGCUCCGCGGAGCCCGUCUACGGGAACCAGGCAUCCCCCUACUACAACUUCCAGGGGCCUGUGUCUCCCGACACCCCUCAGGAUGAGGACAUAUACAUUCUCCCCGACUGAUUCGGCUUUCCCACCCCGGUUCCUGCCUCGGAGGGUGCUCGCGGGGACUUUCCUUGCACCGGGGCGUCCUCAGGCCCUCGGGGUGGAGCUCGGUGGCUCCCGUCCGACUCUCCAGGAGGAGGAGGUCCCCUCCCGCCCCACGCUCCUUGCCCCGUGCGAGCGCUGUGUUGUGUUGCGUGGACUCUGCCCCUCCAGCUGCCUGCCUCUGGCACUCCCCUCCGAGUCUCCUGCCUCGGGGGUCGCCUGGCCCUGACUCGUCUCUGCGGCUCCGGCCUGCAGUGCUCAGCAGUCCCCCAGGAGGCUGCCGGCGUGUCUUCGGGGAACACUCUUGCGGCCACUGCAGUCCUUCGCCUAAAACCCUCUUGUGCAAACGGCAUGACACUCUUGAUUCUACCUGCAGAACUCACGGUCUUCCCGUUGGUUUCGACGUCUGUUCCCACUGACUGGUUCCACGUCCCUGCCCUCAUCCGGGUCACCUCGAAACCGCCCCUGCCGCAGGGGCGGGACGCAGGCUAGGCCGAGGCCCUCGGUCCUUUCCCGUCUCCUGCAGAGUCUGCUGCCUGUUCCACCCCACGAGCACUUAAACACAGGGGUGUUUGCUGUGGCCUUUCACUAUUUAAAUACGUCUUGUGGGAAUGCCUGAAAUUCCCCGCUGAAUAGUAAGGGACUGCCUCGCACUCGCGCGGGAGCCCCAGAGCCUGGGCCGGCGUCGAGGCAUCGUUGCCGUUCGGCUGACGGGAAGUGAAUGGCACACUCGGCUAAGUAGCUUUGAAAAAGUCUAAUAAGUGUAUGCACCCAAGGAAGGUGAGGUGAGUGUGUCUGUCCACCGCUCCCCAGCUGCGCACGGGGAGGAAAAGGCAGCGAACAAAGAACACAUGCGGGCAGUUACUAAGCUCUUGUGUCUCACCUCCAACCCCUCCCCCACCCAGCAAGCGCCCGCACUGGGACCCUGCACACCCUCCCUGGACAGGCGGGCCCAUGUGGGGCCCUGUCGAUCGGGGGCCUGAGGGACGCCGGUGGGGACGUGCUCCCCUGUCUGCCGUCCCAGGCAGGUGCUGCUGCCAUGGGGCCUGACCAGCGUCACCACCGUUUGCAGUGUCUGGUUCCUUCCAGCCCCCUACAGCCAGCUCCUCGCCCCGGCCAGAGGGCCAGCCCAGCCAGGCGGCGCCCUGUCCUGGUGCCUGGGGCCAGGCCUCCAGGGCACAAGCCCCUCCGAGCUCUGGGUCCCAGCCCUCAGCCCGCAGCUGCGUCCCUCCGUUUCUGUCCCUGUGGCACCACGGUCCCCACUGUCAUCUUCUCAGCCUGCCCCACCUUUGUGGCUGACUUUCUGUAUUCAGCUCUGCCUGUUGAAACAGACCGAUGUGAUUCCAAUUUCCCCAGGUGGACCCAAAAUAAAUAAAAUUAAAUUAAAAUGUG